UACAAAACGUCAGUAAGUCUUCUUUAAUUCUUAAAAUUAUGAACAUGACUUAUGAAAUUUUAUAAAGUCCCUUUCCGCGUCUUCGUGAUGCAUUAGGUAGUUCCCGACUCGAAAAUGAGAUCGAACGUGUUAUUAAGAACGGCCCAAUGCGGGCUCAGAUAUUUAUCACGACGGCCAUUAUCUCAUAAUCCCAGAGUCGCAUAUCAAAGCUAUAGAUGCUUCACAGCUACGCCAACGUCUAGAGAAAAAAGAAAAUGGUCGACGCCACUAGCAGAGCAAUUGGCCAGCGCUAUAAAUAUAACUGGACCUAUUCCCCUUGCUAGCUAUAUGCGCAUGUGUCUUACAUCUGAUGUCGGUGGAUACUAUACAGGAGCUAUAGAAGCCGACCGCGAUCAGUUUGGUAGGAAAGGUGAUUUCAUAACAUCUCCCGAAAUCUCACAGAUCUUCGGCGAACUGGUUGGCAUAUGGUUCGUAGCCGAAUGGAUGUCUCAAGGUCGUCCAAAGGGCGUACAGUUUAUCGAAGUUGGCCCGGGUAGGGGGACGCUGAUGGACGAUAUGUUACGAACUAUAAGAAAUUUCAAAGAUAUGGCUGCUAGUAUAGAAACUAUCUACAUGGUCGAAGCUAGCAAGGAGUUGCGCACGGCGCAAAAGAAUCUACUCUGCGGUGAGGAUGCCGUCAUGACGCCGUCUGAAAUAGGCUGGCACAGCACGUCUAAGUAUAACGGCCUACCUAUCGUGUGGACAGAUUCUAUCAAGGCUAUUCCUCAGGACCCCUCCAAAACUCCAUUCAUAGUUGCUCACGAGUUCUUCGACGCAUUGCCUAUUCACGCAUUCCAGCUGGUUGAUCUACCACCGACUGAGCAAUCUACUACUACAACGACACGAAAUAAUAUUAAUAGCGACGUCAAGAACUCAACUACAGCAAAUCCCACCACCACCACCACCACCACUUCUCCCAAUCGCCAAUGGCGAGAGAUGGUCGUCUCCCCCACGCCCAAGGGCACAACGCACGACGACCUCAAAACCCCUCAGGCCGAGCGCCACGACCCCGUCCCCGAGUUUCAGCUCACCCUCAGCCCCUCCGUGACCCGGCACGCGCAAUACCUGCCCGAGUCGUCCCCGCGGUACAAGGCGCUGAAAUCCGUCCCGGGCGCUCUCAUCGAGGUAUGUCCCGACUCGUCCAUGUACGCGGCCGACUUCGCCACCCGCAUCGGCGGCUCCCCCAUCUCCCCUUUCCCUUCCUCUUCCUCUUCCCCCUCUGCUACCCCUACCCCUACCCCUGCCACCUCCCCUCCAUCCCAUAAACCACACCCCUCCGGCGCCGCCCUCAUCAUCGACUACGGCCCGGCCUCCACCAUCCCCGCCAACUCGCUGCGCGGCAUCCGCCGCCACCGGCGCGUGAGCCCCUUCUCCGCCCCCGGCCUCGUCGACCUGAGCGCCGACGUCGACUUCGGCGCCCUCGUCGACGCCGCCACCCGCGCGAGCCCCGCCGUCGAGUGCCACGGCCCCGUCAACCAGGCCUACUUCCUCGAGGCCAUGGGCGUUCGCCAGCGCGCCCAGAUGCUGGCGAAGAAGCUGCUGGCGACCGCGGGAACGGGACAUGAUGCCGAGGCCGAGGCCAAGGCCAUGGAGAUCGAGCGCUCCUGGAAGCGCCUGGUCGAUCGCGGCCCGAACGGCAUGGGUAAGAUUUAUAAGGUCCUGGCUAUACUGCCGGAGAACGACGGCAGGCGCAGGCCCGUGGGGUUUGGAGGGGAUGUGAGCUUUUAAGGAGUCGUUAAGG